AAACCUAACUACACAGGUGUUUUGCCAUUUCGCCCCCAUCGAAAUGCGGCCGCCGUUGCCGGGAUUCGAUGCCGCGACCUCGUGCUUAGCAGCCCAACUCCAUAGCCACUAAGCAGCCACGGCAGGUAAACAGUUUCUAACUUUAUAUCCAUCAAGUAUUAGUCCUGUUUCCCGCUUACUGCAGAUGCCUGCUAAAAAAAAAAAAAAGUUACCGCGUGACAUGCCCUUUUGCGCCACGAGAUGGCGAUGCUCCCAAACGUCCCGCGUGGUGAGCAUGGUGGCAACUGCCAUCACCCCGUUUCAAAGGGACGCUCCUACCUUCGUUCCAUCCAUCCGCGUAGAAACGAACAUAGCAUUCAGCCGGGUGGUCUGCCGCUGCGUUUGCUUAGCGCUGUAGUGAACCGCCGCGAGGACAGCACAUGGCUGGCGUAUAUCGCAAUUAAUGCGAACGCCUGCGCCCCUGCCCCGUCGCCUUUUAUGUACGGUUGCCCUUGGCGAACCAGUUGUAGGCCUACAGUAAAUGAGCGCCUGCUGAAUAGACGUGCAAGAUCGGCAGCUGCUUGCUUUGUGCCCUAAAAAGAGAGAGAGAGAAAGAACAAACGAAGGGGGGAGUUCUGUGAGCCGGCAUUCAUUCUUGUUGUGAGGUACCAAUGGCAGUGGUAAUCGGUAAUAGUGGUAGUAUCCUGCGAAAAGAGAGACAGGAAUAGAAGAAAGGCAGAGAGGUUAACUUGAACGCGCGUCCGGUUUGCUAUCCUGCACUCAGAGAAGGAUAUAGGUAGUAUCCUGUUCGUGAUAGUCCUCGAACGUGAAGAAACAUUGCUCGCACUGUGGCUUGGAAAACGAAAAAAAACAUUGUGCAUUAUGAUACGUCGCAGUGCACUGCCUCUCCGAAGGAUGCUGCUGCUACUGAUGCUGCUGCUUCUCACCGUCAACCCGGCUUGCCUUGAAGGGAAACCAGUGAAUGAAGAAAGGAUCGAGAACUCAUCGACGGCGGUCAACUUCACGAGCAGCCGGCGAGAGAUUGGUGUUCACGGAGUGCCCAUCCAUCAAGGUCAGCGCAAACUCGGUGUCGAAAAGGGUCCACAGUUCCUGCGCGACGCUGGACUCCUCGACAAGCUCAGAGAUCUCGGUCACAAGGUCGAGGACCUCGGCGACGUUCGCGUCGAAGGCGAGCCCAACGUCACCGACUGCGGCGCGAUCGAGUCGGACGUCGUGGGACAGACCAACAAGAACGUACGAGACGCCGUGGCAAAGGUGCUUCGCUCGGGCCGAGUCUCGCUGAACCUGGGCGGAGACCACAGCUUGUCCAUCGGCAGCGUCAGCGGACACGCCAAUUCCACGGACUCGGAGGUGGCGCUCAUCUGGGUAGACGCGCACGGCGACAUCAACACGCCCAGCUCUUCCACGUCAGGCAACAUCCACGGCAUGCCGCUCUCCUUUCUCGUGCACGAGAUGGCGCCGUACGUGGUGAAACCCAAAGGACUUGAGUGGGUGCAGCCCUGCGUCCGAAAGGACAACCUGGCCUACAUUGGUUUGAGGGACGUUGACCCUAGCGAGCGGUACUUCAUGGACCAGCUUGGCAUAAGGACGUACGACAUGGGCGACGUCGACCGCCUGGGUAUCCGGAACGUCGUGCAGAGAAUACUGCAGGAGAUAAACCCGACGGGAGACAAGUCCUUGCAUAUCAGCUUCGACAUCGACACCAUCGACAAGUUAGUUGCCCCGAGCACGGGAACACCAGUCUUAGGAGGACUCACUCUUCGGGAAGCGUUGGUCAUAGCGGAAGAAGUCAGCAAGUCUGGUCAGCUCAGGGUGCUCGACCUCGCCGAGGUGAACCCGCUGCUGGGUGACGAGCAGGACGCCGGUCACACCGUCGACUGCGGCGUGAAGCUGGUCGACGCGUUUUUCAGCAGCCCUCGCGGCGGCCACCAGCCUCUCGAACUCGACGCGAAAGUCAUCGAUCCGCACGGCGUGUCCCGCCAAUGAAACAGCGGUGCGACCACGUCACCUCACCGCCUACGCACAUACGGCGACAAGAAUCUGCACAUUCGGGAGGAAUCGGGGCCGGUUACAGGCGACGAAGAAAGAACAGAACGAAUAAACUUUACUCAACUCCAACCUAA